CUCCUUCUCAAUGUCAGUGUCCAUCUGGGAACUCGGGUCCGACUCACUCAACUCAACUGUCGUGUGGCGCACUUGUCCAACUUUAUCCGGUGUCAAGAGCAGACGUACCGGAGGGAGUUACCGGUGCCGUUUUAUAGGUUUUUUUCCCCCCACCCGGUGGAAGUUUGUAACACGAGGUAACCGAGCCGAGCCGGAUUCGAAACUUUUGUCCACCUCAGAAGACAGUUUGGGGAAAAGAAAAGAAAAAAAUGGCAGACAGCGAGCACGUUUCUUCCACCACUCCUCUGUACGGCGACGAGAUGCACCACUACCAGGCCGAACCGGACUCCGAGCUGCUGGGCAAGCCCAAGCAGGACCUCUUCAGCGUGGAUGAUAUUGUGGACUUGGUCGGCGGGGCUCAGGACGCCUUGGACCGCCACUUAGCCGAAGCUAGUGCGCCACACGAGUUCACAGAGUUCACAGAAGCUUCGUUCGCUCAGGAGCCAGUAACGUUACCGGAGCCUGUCCACGUAACGGAGCCGAAACCGGUGUCAGUGCCAGAGGUGAAAGAACCGGAACCGGAGCCCGAGGUAGAGACUGAGACUGCCAUCCCAGACUCCACCAGCUUCUCUUUUGUUCCUGACACCCCUACUGUUUUAAUUGCCGAGGCGCCUCAAGUUGUCGCCCCUAAAGUGGAACCCGAAAGUACAAAGAUCGAACCGGAGCCACAGGCUGCCGCCGCCGCCGCCGCUGCCCCCGAGCCAGAACCCGCUGCCCCGAAGAGCGACGCCCUCCCAGCGGCUGAACCCCGGAAAACAGCCCCAGCCCCCGCAGAGGCAGCAGAGCAACCUGCGGUGACAGAGGAACCACCGGCUCCAGCAUCUUGUCUUCUUCAUGGCUGGAACGUAAACCUCGACAGCAGAGAUGUACCUUCUCCUUCUAAAGCUCAGCCUCAUCCUCUGAUGCAAUUCCCUACAGCACUUGGGCAGAAGGGUGAUUCCCCUGCUCCCAUCUCUCCUCUCUCCCCUCUUCACUCCCCCGACUCUCUGGAGGAGCUCUCUCUGACCGAGAGUCCCAACCAGCCCCCUACUUCGGGAUUUGCUGCAUCCUUGGUCUCCUUCUCCACUGAACCCCCCACUACUCAUUCCAAGGACAUGCCUUGGGUGGGUGAAGAGGGUGACUCUGGACCGGGCCUUAGUAAGAUUAAAGAAGAUCUACUAGAUCCGUUAGCCGGUCCUUACCUGAGUUUAGGGAAAGACCCAGGGCCUCAUAAUCCAUGUGAAGACAGCGGAGUUUCCGUUUCUCCCGAGGACAAGAUGAUUAGCUCAGACAGGUCCUCUACUGGCCCCUCCCCCGUGAACCCCAAGAUGAAGGUCCCUGAGUCUCACCUUGCCUCCUCUAACCCAACAGAGCCCUGGGAUUCACCAUUCCUUGCAUCUCAAGACAACUCCAAGGUCUCCAUGGAUUCCUUCUCCAAGGACACGGCUCCCAUUAGCUCUUCCGGGUACGAGCCGGACCUGCACGACAACCAGUCUGACGAAGACGAUGACCUGAUGUAUGAGGUGAAGAAGAAUAAUAACCCAUUUGAGGGCUAUUCCCCACUGGCGGACAGUGGCUACUCCCAUUUUGGAGACUCCAAGUCCGACAGCAGGGCCUCAAAAAUGUCCGAGAGUCCCACUCCCGAUCUGGUCCAGUACGGCCAGACUGGAGAAUCCCACGAUACCCCUCAGUCUUUCUCAGACGAUGGGAAAACAUUUGAGACGGGAAAGAUGGCCCCUGACUCGCUCAUGCAAUCGGUGAAUCAGUUCUCAUCUGGUCUGAAAGAUGAUGAUGACGAAGACUACGAUGAGCAGGAAGAGGAUUCUGCCUUGCCACCCUCGCUCCCAGACAUCCUGAAGUCGUCCCCGCUCAACCCCGAGAAAAUGGACUCUGGCUCCUCGGAGGGAAGCCCGGAGCAGAGUCCCAUCCUCGAACGGAGGAUGAUGGAGUCGCCCAACCCUCCGAUCAACCUGUCGGCUAACAACCCGUUUGCCUUCGACGCUAAAGUGUCCCUGCUGAAGGAGAUGACCGAGGAGCUGGAGGUGCAAGGCAAAGGAAAAGUUGACGACGACGACGACAAAGGUUUCGACGCGUUCGAUCUCGUCAAAGGAGCCGAGGAAACCGCCCCCAGUAAGGUCAAAGAAGAGGAACCGGUCAAGAUCGAGCAGAAAGAUUGGUUUUCAAGCCACGAUUCUCCCAAAAUGACCAAAACGUUUGAGCCUCUUGACUUCCAGAGCAAAAAGACCCCAACCGAGGAUUCGGACUCGGAGUCGCCAACCGCGGACUCCCUGUCUCCCGUCCUGGAAGCCAUGGCCAAGAACCCCGCCAUCUUCCAGGUGGAAACGGAGAAGACGGACCAGAAGAUGGAGAUGGAGGAGCCAGAGUUGGCCGAGGAGGUCUCGGAGCACGAAGUCUCCUCUGAAGAGUUUGAGUUCAUCGAGCGGCCACCGAGGGGCGUCAUCGACGAGUUCCUCGAGGCUCUGGAUACUUCCAAGUUCGCCUCCUCCAAGCCCCCAGAGAUCCCCAUGGAUGACGACGAUGAUCUAAGCUUUGGGCAGCAGAGAGACGUGGCUCCAUUUUCUGCUCCACCCGUGACAAAAGUAGCACCACCCCCCGAGGUCGAAGAGGAGGCUCCAAGUCAGAGCUCCUACCUCCUCCUCACGCAGGCCUCCCCCCAGAAGAGCAAGGCCGAGCUGGAGAAGCUAGACAUCCAGCAGCCCGCGCCCCCCCAAGCUCCGCUCGUCUACUCCCCAGUCCGCAAACCAGAGGAGGCGGCCGCUGAGAAGGGCGUGGGAGACGCCACGGUGGUUAAGAUACCAAACGUGAACAUAAGAGCAGGUAAAAUAAAGCUGUCCCGGCAUGGAAACCAUCCCUCCACAUCCUCCUCAGUUUUCACUGGCACUUCCAUGAUCAUCAGCAUCAUUUUCAUCUUCACUCUUUUGUUCUCCUCCUCCUUUUUUUUUAUUUUCUGCCAACCAACCAACCAGCAGCCAGUAUUUACUUUAGAUCCAUCACUUUCUCCCUAGUGUCACCUUUUUCCU